AUGGAAGCGAAGGAAGCGAAGCGGGCCGCGUUCCUUCUGGAUGCCCAAAACAAAGCCAUCCGACUCUUCGAGGAAAUCGAACGAACUCUAGUUCGUCCUGGGAUCAGCGAAAAGACAUUGAGCGACGAGAUUCACAAGCUUGGUGCCGAGCGAUACGGCGUCCGAACCCAUUGGCAUAAGCGAGUGGUUCGGAGUGGACCCAACACCUUGAGGCCCUAUGCCGACAAUCCUCCCGAUCGCAUCAUUGACCCGGACGAUAUCCUGAUCGUGGACCUCGGGCCGGUCUUCGAGGAGUGGGAGGCCGAUUUUGGCCGCACGUUUGUGCUCGGGGACGACCCGCACAAGAAAACGCUGCGCGAUGCACUCCAGCCAAUCUGGGAGAUCGUCAAAUCGAAAUUCCGCGAGAAUCCUGACAUGACCGGCGAGGAGCUAUACGAUAUCGCCUGCGGCAUUGCCCGGGAACACGGAUUCCAAUUUGGCGCUCAUAUUGCCGGGCAUAUUGUUGGCGACUUCCCCCACGAGCGCAUUCCGAAGGAUCAAACGACUCUCUAUAUCACAAAAGGAAAUAAUUCAACCAUGAAUUGUACUGGACCGGAUGGUUUCAAACGCCAUUGGAUCCUCGAGAUUCAUCUCCACGACACGGCCCGACAGAUCGGUGGGUUUACCGAGCAACUUCUCACGGUGGACUAG